UCGGGAAGCUGCAAAGAACAUUACGCUACCGGGCCGGUCCAGGAAGAGGGCGGCACCACCGUCAAGCCGGGACUGUCGAUGGUAGCUCGAUCGCUUCAUGCAUGCAUGGUUCAAUGACCCGCCAACAUGACAGACACCCUUUGUUUGCACUCUUGGCUCACUAACUAGCGUGAAGGGUCCAGCGCUUAUUUUCGCUUGUCGUUCGAUUGCCGCAGGUCACGGGCAAACCGGCAACUUCUUCCUCCCCCAGGUCAAACCCUGAAGGGCCUGAGCUUAUUCGACAUACCUUAUCCGUCAAUGGUCAAUGCGCUUGGCUUGGGCCAUCAAAUGCAAAUCAAUCAUUGGUUUGCUGUCUCACGCGACUUGCACGAUAUCACAACCCCAACUCGAUCGAGCGAAAUAUGACCGAUCUCAACAAUGGUAAUCUGUAGUUAUUCCGUACAGAUGCAGAAUCAUUCGCUCUGUCUUCUCUCCGUGACACACUCCUUAACGACGACCGCGAUAGACCUCGAAACUUCAUCGCACGUAUCCACCACGCGUCACUCGAUUUAUCGCGUCGCCGAGAAAAAAAAAGACGCCUCCAGAAAAGCCUCUCAGACCCACGAAAAUAGGAUCUCACUGGCAUGCGGCGCAGCAUGUAACUGCCCAAUGAGAAAUCAGGCUGGCCUCCGCCCCCUGCACAUCAACGUUUUCCCCUCGACCCACCUCCCGUCCCCUGUCCAGCAACCGGGCCUCUGUGCCGCGGUGGAGAAACAGUCGCCGAACGGUCCCGAGCGCACAACUCGCAAGCUCGCAAGCUCUCCACCUUCUUCGCCGGAUCGAUCGCCGAAGACGACCCAUGGUCCCAUGGUCCUCACGCCUCCCCCGUCGUGGUCGCACACCACUUCAGACUUGUCCACACACGACACAGCAACUCCUGCUCACCUCCUGUGGCGAGAGUGUGCGCCCCUCGCGCUUCAAGAACCACACUCGGUGACUGCCGCUGCCACAUUCCCAGUUGGGCCGGCCAGUUGGGCGGCUACGCAGUCAUCUCGCUUCGUUGUAACCCUCCUUGUUGGAGUUGGCCGGCAUUCCUGUGAAGGACACUGGAUCUCACACACCCCGGCGGUCCCCUCAGCAGUCAUGCCAUGCCUUUGGGCCAUGAAGAUUUUCUUCGCAGUGGUCAGUGGAGAGAGGGGAAAACCGAACUCCGCGGCCUAAACAGAGUCUUCCCCCGACGCAGAGCAAUGGCUCGACUUGGCGCCAAGGAGCUGCGUUGGUACAGCCCAUGGAGCGUUGAGAACCCGGGCUUGCUCUCUGAGGAGGACGCUAUUCAAGCAUGGCCGAAGCUUCUCGGUCCGGGCCCAAAUCUCUCCAUGAACAACAUGUCAGUUGCGAGCAGCGCUUUGAUGACGCACCGAAUGUGGCGCCGUCUUGCCCGGAGCGCGAUGAUCGAUAGACAAUCGCGGCUCACGUUGGUUGCCUGGUGUAUGUAUCGCGGCAAAAAAGAUGCCGAAUCAGCUCUACACGUGUUGCACAGAAAUCGAGGGCAGCGUGGGAAUCCGUAC